UGUAGAUCUUAAUAAAUACGCAUGCGCAACAUGAGAGAAAUAUCGCUGCAUUGAAAACGAAAUCGAAAGUAAAGAUCAAUUUUUCGUACUAUAUGGUAUUACAAAGUUAAAGAUUUAAACAGACUACUGUGAUGGCAGGAGCUUUAGGAAACAAGUUAUUCUGUGCUGCUAUAGACUUCGGUACAACAUAUUCAGGUUAUGCCUUUAGUUCUAAGGAUGAUUAUACAAAGGAACCAACUAAGAUAAACACAAAUAUUUGGUCUGGAUCUAAACUACUUUCAUUAAAAGCGCCAACAGCUGUCUUACUUGAUUCAAGUCAGGAAUUUGUCGCAUUUGGAUAUGAGGCUGAGAAUAAGUACUCCGAAUUAGUUGCUGAUGAAGAACAUGAAGAAUAUUAUUAUUUUCAUAGAUUUAAGAUGCUUCUCCAUGAGAGGAGAAUCACGAGAGAUAUAAAGAUAAAAGAUGAGCUGGAUAAAGAGAUGGAAGCCUUGAAGGUGUUUCAGUAUGCAAUUCAGUUCCUGAAGGAUCAUUUAUUUAAGAGUAUAUCGGAUAAAAUUAAAGGUAUCCAGGAGAAUGAUUUACACUAUGUUCUAACAGUACCUGCCAUAUGGGAAGACUCUGCCAAACAGUUUAUGAGAGAAGCUGCUACUAGGGCUGGUAUAAAAAGUGGCCAGUUGAGUAUUGCUUUAGAGCCUGAAGCAGCUUCUAUUUACUGCCAGCAUCUUAAGACUGAUAGACAGGGGGAUGCUAAAGAGAAAAAUGCUUUUGCACAGACAAUUAAAGCAGGAAUGAAGUACAUGGUAGUUGACCUUGGAGGUGGCACUGCCGAUAUUACAGUUCAUCAGAGAUAUGGAGAUGGUUCACUUAAGGAAGUUGUUCCAGCCAGUGGUGGUCCCUGGGGUGGUAAAUCUAUAGAUGAAGCUUUCCAUAGCUUUCUCAAAAGAAUUUGUGGACCCAAAGUAAUGGAAGAAUUAAGAAAAACUGAACUUGAAGACUUUAUUGACCUAUUUAGAGAAUUUGAAACUAAAAAGAGGUCAAUACGUGUAGAUCAAACUAACAAAGUAGUCGUUACAUUACCUGUUGCUCUAAUUGAUUUAGUUAAAAGCCAUAGAGGUAAAAUGGAGACGGCUCUAGAGCAAUCACCGUAUGGUCAAGCAGUUUCCUACAGCAAGCAAAAGUUACACAUUUCCCCAGAUACAUUUAGAGAUUUAUUCAAAUCUACGACCGAAGCCUUAAUAAAACAUCUAGAAAGAAUGUUUCGUGAUGACAAGUUAUCAGACUUAGAAAAUCUUAUUAUGGUGGGAGGAUUUUCAGAAUGUGAGCUUAUACAGCAUAGAAUGAAAGAAAAAUUUGGAAAACAUAAAAAGAUAAUUAUUCCUGAAGAAGCAGGUCUUGCUGUCCUUAAAGGAGCAGUUUUAUAUGGCCACCAACCAAAGGCUAUCAGCGCCAGAGUACUGCGUCGUACUUAUGGUAUCCAGAGCUGGCCAGAGUGGGAUCCUCAGAUGCAUCCAGAAUCAAAGAAAGUCAAUCUGGGUGGUGUUAAUCGUUGUAAGGAUGUAUUCUUUAAAUAUGUUCAGGUUGGUCAGCAAGUGGAGACUGGACAUGAAGAGUCCCAGGUUUUCCAAGCUUUGAAACCAGAUGAAAGAACCCUAGAGUGCACAAUCUACGUAUCAACAGACCCUAACCCACGGUACGUUACCGAUCCAAGCUGUCAGAGACUAGGUAACCUUAUCAUUCCGUUACCAGAAAUCAGAGCUGGACAAACAUUAGAGAUAGAAGAGACAAUGGUAUUUGGUGACACUGAACUUUUAGUCCGGGCUAGAGACUUACACACCGGACGAGUUGUUGAGACGCAGUUUGAUUUGUUAUAGAGUGCUGAACUAGAAUAUCAUGUACUAAGGGAUUCAUUGUACUUUGGUAUGCUAACUGUACAAUGUAUUAAUAUAGUAUAUUGUAAGAAAUAUUUGUCUUACUUACUUGUUAUAGACUUUUAUCAUAUAAAACAUAGGAAUCAAAUUCAUAAGUGCCAUGUGAUAACUAUAUAGAGGUAUCUGUAAUUCAUCAAGUGGUAAAUGUUGUUAAAUAUUUCCAUUUCCCUAAAAUUUUGCAUGCAGCAAUUUUAUAUAACAAGUAUCAAUUGAUAAUUAAAUUGUCACACAUUAAGUUUAUAAGUGGAUGCUUGCAAAUCUUCAAAUACUAUACUUUACUUUCAUUUCUUAAAGGAAAAAAAUCACCCUUAAAUCAUUUAUAUCAUAAAUCAUUUGCAAAACAACUUUACUAGCACAUUUUCAGACCAUCAAUCAUGGAAUUGAUACCCUUAAAUUUAGCCUUAUCCAUCAAAAUAGUAGUUGUAGAAAAAAUAUUUUAUAAGUU